GCCAGUCUGCACGUGAAUUUUCCCUGAGCUCUCCCGGCUGUCUGUCGAAAUUCUGAGACAAGAAGAAAGCUAAAAAUCUUUCAAUCGGAAUCGAGAAGUCGAGAAAUCGGAAACGGAAACAACACACACACACACAACCCACACGCUCUGAGUUUCUGAAUAUUGUUUCAAAACUAAAAGAAUCUCAACCCAAAACACACACACCAUACGCGUCUUCUGUGACACAUUUUUAAGCUAAAACAAAUUAAUAGUAGCGAAAAUCGAAAAGUAUACCCAACAAAUAAAAAGUGCCAAGUGUUACAAAAAGUGUUUGCUACAGAAAUCUAAAUGAAAGAAAAUACAAUAAAUAUAAUGCAAAAUCAAUAAUCGUGCAACAACGAAAAAAGAAACAAAGUUUUCCCGACGGGAAACAACAAAAAAUCCCAGAAAAAUCAAAACCACAAGAAAACUUGUUGAGCGCCAAGGAGGCCAAGCAAGGAGAAUAGGAUAGGACCAAGAGGAGCCUAGCCGAGAUUCGGAACAUUUCUCGCCUGCCACGUUGUACGUAAAAGACGUCAAGACGGUUGCCUCACGGUUCGAGUGGAAUGAGCAUAGGGACCCCGGUCUUCCUUUCGAUCGAUCGGUGUACAAAGUCGUUAAACUGAGCCCCAACUUGGAGCCCUACCCCGCCAGCGUGGAGGGCCUGAACAGCCCCAGAGCGGUGGGGAUGGCCGCGACCUCGUACAUGACCCCGCCCAGCGGUGAUCUGGACAUGGCCCUCGGCGGCGGCGGCGGCGGUGGCGGCUAUCACACCUCCUCGCCCCGUUCCGCCGCGGAUGCCGGUGAGAUGAAGUACAUGCAGCAUCAUCAUCACCAUCAUUCCGCCGUCGCCGCAGCAGCAGCCGCACAUCAUCAGUUGCCCUCGUCGCCGUCGCCCAAUGGCCAGGGCAAUGGCACUGGCCUGGGACUGGGUCCCGGCUCGGGGCUGGGUUCGUGGAGCACCCUGCAUCCGGAUCCCUGGUCACUGCCCACGCACCAUACGCACCAUCAUCCCGCUGCUGCAGCUGCUGCCGUCGCCUCGGCGGCGGAUACAGUGAAGCAGGAGAUGUCACAUCUCUCCCAGCAGACGAGGAUCCAGCAGGGCAUGGCCUCGCCCUCGCCUCAUGCCGCCUGGCAUGCCCCACAUGCCGGUCACUAUGCUCCCAGCGGAUCGCCGCUGGGCUACCAUCAUGCAAUGAACGGGAUGCUGCAUCAUCCGGCCCAUGCAGCGGCAGCGGCACAUCACCAGAGCGUGGCGCCGCUGCAUCAUGCCUUGAGGGGAGGGGAGUCCCCACAGCUGCACAUCCACGCCCAUCACAUGGGCGGCGGCGGCGACAGGGAUGCCAUCAGUGGCGGCGAGGAGGAUACCCCGACAUCCGAUGAUCUGGAGGCCUUUGCCAAGCAGUUCAAGCAGCGACGCAUCAAGCUAGGAUUCACCCAGGCGGAUGUGGGUCUUGCCCUGGGUACCCUUUACGGUAAUGUCUUCUCCCAGACCACGAUCUGCCGGUUCGAGGCACUGCAGCUGAGCUUCAAGAACAUGUGCAAGCUGAAGCCGCUGCUCCAAAAGUGGCUGGAGGAGGCAGAUUCCACCACCGGAUCACCGACGUCCAUCGACAAGAUAGCGGCGCAGGGCAGGAAGCGCAAGAAACGCACCAGCAUCGAGGUGAGCGUGAAGGGGGCGCUGGAGCAGCACUUCCACAAGCAGCCCAAGCCCUCGGCCCAGGAGAUCUCCUCGCUGGCGGACUCGCUGCAGCUGGAGAAGGAGGUGGUCCGCGUGUGGUUCUGCAAUCGGCGGCAGAAGGAGAAGCGCAUGACGCCGCCAAAUACACUCGGUGGGGACAUGAUGGACGGCAUGCCGCCGGGUCAUAUGCAUCAUGGCGGCUAUCAUCCGCACCAUGACAUGCACGGCAGCCCCAUGGGCACCCAUUCGCACUCGCACAGCCCGCCGAUGUUGAGCCCACAGAACAUGCAAUCCUCGGCGGUGGUCUCGGCGCAUCAGUUAGCGGCUCACUAGCAAUCAGAAAUCCAGGAGUCGAACUCAGCUGCAGCUGCGUCCACUCCUGCAUCCCUCAAUAGCCUAAGCCAGCAGCAGCAGCAGCAGCAACAGCAGCAGCAACAACAGCAGCAACAGCAGCAGCAGCAGCAACAGCAACACCUGCAACAGCAGCAGCAACACACUCCCAACACACCUUCCUCGAGUGCGGGAUCGUCGGCAACGAUGACCAGCCAGGUGAUGUCGCCGCAGAGUCCGCUGGGCAGCUCUUCCGCUGGCAACAACAACAACAACAAUAGUAGCACCAACAACAAUAACAAUAAUAAUAACAACACGAAUAACAACAACAACGAGGAGCAAGUGAAGCACCACCAGCAACAGCAACAGCAACAACAGCAGGCCUCCAGCAUUGCAGCCGCUGCAGCAGCCGCAAUGUACAUGGAUCCCAUGCGCUACCAGCAUCCACAUCACCCGCACCCACAUCCGCACCAGCAUCCGCAUCUGAAUCCCGCCCACCAUCCGCACCUGUUCCAUACCAGCGAUCAGCUGCAGCAGCAUCCCCAGCAACAGCAGACGCCCGGCAACGGCGGCGGCGGCGGUGGCGGCGGUGGCAGCAACUCCCAAUUGUCCCCGGGAGCUGGGAGCAACAGUGGAUUGCCCCUCCAACCGCCCAGCUCGGCAUCGCCGGCGGGCUCCGCCUCGAGCGUCCUGGGCGGCCAUUUGAACCUGAAUCCGCUGCACCAGCAUCAUCACUACCAGCACCAUCAUCACCAGCAGCACCAUCAUCACCAUCAGCAGCAGCAGCAGCAGCUCCAUGCCCGCCGCCUCUUCGAGCUGAGUCUGCAAUUUGGAGCCGCCGCGGCACCGGGCGCCGUGAGGCACUUCAAUAGCUUCGGUGGGGCGGGCGGUGCUGGCGGGGAAUAGCAUUCGUCGGCCGCCUGGUUUGGCUAUGAGUCCUCCUAGGACUCGGCGUCGAACGGGUGGCCGCAGUUCAAGCGGGAGCGGGAACGGGAAAGGGACAGGGAGCGGGACCGGGAAUAGCCCUAUAAUCGUACAGUCGAACUUUUUCACCAUAACGAUUCAGCAGAGAGUAGUUUUUUGAAUUUCUAUAAUACAGUUUGGGGUUAUCCCUAAAGGUUUUUGUUAGGUGAAAAGUGAACUUGAAAUUUAAAACCACUUUUCAAGAAAUGUUUGUUCAUUUUUAAAAUAUACACCAUCUUCCAAGUAAACUUUCAUAAGAAAGUGAGUUUUCCAAACCCUUAAAAAUGUGAGAAGCUUUAUAAGUUAUUAAAAGAUAACAAAAUCAAAACUAUAACUUAAAAAGUGUUCCAAAAUUCCUGAAAAUGCUAUAUCCGUUGUUGAAAAGGUUCGAUUGUACUACUUAUAGGAAUAUAGAAAUAAGUUAAGGUCUCUAUAGAUGAUGAUGAUGAUGAUGACGAUGUUAAUGGGGUUGAGAGAUCAUCUUUUUUACCAGUGCAUUAAUCUGUGUUAAACUUCAGCUUAAAGAGGAGCAGGGAGCGAUAUGUGGAGGGGCUGUCUGUCAUCCACCAGUUUAGUUUUGUUUUUAAAGUUUGAAAAACUUGCUUAAAUUAAAUCAAUUUAAACUAAAUUAAAUGUAAAACGAAAGCGAUUUCCUUUUGUAUAAAGCGAAAUAGAUACACGCAAUUCAAAUCAAACGUGAAACCAAGUGAUGUUGUUUUAACCUAAAAACUAAAUGCUAAAAAUUAAAACUAAAGCAAAACAAAGAUAUAUAAAAGAAAACAAGAAAAACUAGUUAAAAGUGCGACCCAAGUGUUAAGAAAACCAAAAAACAAGAACAAGUAAAAUGAGAAAAGAAAUUCCUCAGCUGCUCCACCACAAGCAAAAGGUAAAAAGUCCACAAAAAUAUUUUUUCGUUCUUUGUCACACUUUGUCGCCGCCGUCUAGAUCAAGUUAAAAAUUUAAACAAAAUAUUUAAGGAUUGAAAACAAAAAGGCUCAAGAAAGCCCCAAGUCGGUUCUAGCUAGGGCUUAGGUUCUUAAGCAAGCCGUGUUUAUAUAUAUUAUAUAUAUAUAGCCAGUAGAUUGUACUCUAAAAAAUUUA